AUGGCAGCAACAUGCCUGCCGUGCCCUGACUGCGGGGACAGUCCCUUGUCGACUACAGGCAAUAUACUAGGUAUCUUGACGUUUGCGCUCGGCCUUUUUUUAUCAACGUUCGCGUUUAUGGUCGCGGUCCGCAGUGCAGAAACAGAGAUUGACGAUUUGAUUGAAAGCCUCGAGUCUACGGGUAGGUAUAUUGAUCAAAUGACACGCUUCUUCGCAACCAUGAAUCAUGAAGCCGACUUGGAGAUAACGGGUAUGGGGCUUCUGCCGUCGAAUGCCACGAAAUCAAUCAGCGAUACACAGACCAAGCUACUCCAAGAUUUGGAGGAGACGAAGAAAACUAUUUCUCAAUUGCCUACGCGAGUUGACUGGUGGUAUAGGGCAAAAGACGUCGAGGCAAAGUUGUCCAAGUUGGAUAGCGAAAGGCAGCACCUUCAUAGCGUUCAGCUGGCACUGCUUUUGAUGUGGGUUCAUCUCUAUGGAUCAGUGAGCAUGCCCCUUGACUAA